AAAAACAACUGGCCAUCUAAACGCGGCCGUAUCAAUCGUUUGUUCAUUCGUUAGUUAUCUUCUUCAAACAGACAAAACAGAGAGCCUCACAGGUCGGAUCUGAUUUCUCCACCGGAGAUCAGAUUCUUGACCACGACAAUUUUAAACUCUAUUCGCCAAUAGGUCACAACCUUUAUCAUCAUCUUUGGUCAACGCUGAGGUUUUUAAGGUUCCUAGAGAUAAGUACUUCAGCACAAAAGGUUAUGGAUUCUGGUAAUGGCCAUCAAGAGCCAUAUCGUACCAACUCCUUUAGCCGGGAAAGCAGUCUAGGCUCUUCUCUAAGCUUACCACGUAGCGUGCCUGCUCUUUUCAUCACCAAUGGUGUGGAUAGCGAGAGUGUCUCGGAGGCAGGGGAUAUUGGGGACCGUUCACUUCGGAGAAGGCAUAGUAGCGGUAGAAGUAGUAACCGUUUGUUUUCUUCUGAGGAUUUGCUAGAACAAGGGGUCACUGAUGAUGACACUUCUCGUCAAGAACAGGGUGUAUUACAUAACACAAGCUCUGUAAUCAAACCUUUGCCUGAGCACAUGACAACAACAUCUCCUUUACCUACUAAGUCACUCUUGUCACCUGAGACAAACAAGACGGUAAAGAAGGAUGAGGCUGUGUUACCAAAGUCCUUGGAAUACAUAUCAUGCCUGAUUCAUUUGGCUGUUUUUGGGAUUCUUGGGGCUAUUACGAGAUACUUGAUGCAGAAACUUUUUGGACCAAGUGUUGCUAGAGUGACCAGCGAUGGGAGCAUCUUGUACCUUGAUCUUCCCUCCAACAUGGUGGGAUCAUUCUUGAUGGGUUGGUUUGGGGUCGUGUUCAAAGCAGAUAUUACCAGAGUUUCUGAGUUUUUAGCCAUAGGAUUAUCAACUGGCUACCUAGGAAGCCUCACAACAUUCAGCGGUUGGAACCAGAAGAUGCUUGAUCUUAGUGCUGAUGGCAAAUGGCUAUACGCUGUGCUUGGCUUCCUGUUAGGUUUAAAAAAAAAACAGAGAUUGUUUCUUGCAUCAUACUCCAUCAUUCUUGGGAUUGAAACAGCCAAAGGGUUCAGAUGGCUUCUUCAGAGAAGAGCUUCUUCUUCUAAGGAGGAAAGAAACUCUUGUCUUGAAGUUGACACCUUCAGGAGCCAUAUCGUGUCUAUGACCUUGAUGGUUGUGUUGCUUGUAGCUUUACUAACUGUGAGUGCCACCCAGCUUGUGAAAGAGUUUGAUAAAGGAACAAGCGAGGCUCAGCUUUGGUUAGGCUGCUUAGUUGCAGCCCCUGGUGUCUGGCUCAGAUGGUUUCUUGCUCGGCUCAACGGACGUGGAUUGGGAAAAGAUGGACAGUAUUUGAGGUGGGUCCCGUUAGGCACCGUUAUUGCGAAUGUUGUUGCAGCUUCUGCCAUGGCAGCUUUGGCCACAUUAAAGAAAUCGGUGGACACUACAACAUGUAACACGGUUGCUUCUAGUAUACAGUUUGGUCUGUUGGGGUGUUUAAGCACAGUUUCAACCCUAAUGGCUGAGUUCAAUGCCAUGAGAGAAAGUGACUAUCCAUGGAGAGCAUAUGCGUAUGUAUCUUUCACUAUCGCAGUUUCUUUUGCCAUUGGAAUUGUUAUAUACUCUGUCCCUAUUUGGGUAGUAGGAUUCAGUUAGUUAAUAUUCAAACUAGAUGACUCUUGUAAAAACAAAGAGUUUGGUGACAAUCAAGUUACCCUUGUGCACAAGUUUUAAGACUAAA